AUGUCCGAAAAGAACGUGCUGGGAAAAAUCAAACUCAAUCUUGCCGAAUACGUGGAAAAAUCCGGGGAAGGUGAAGGGAUUAUUCGGCGAUACCUGAUGCAUGAGAGUAAAGUGAACAGCACUGUUAAGAUCGGGAUCGCGAUGCGUCAGCUAGAAGGAGACCGCAACUUCACGACACCGCACCUGAAAUCUGCCACCGUCUUUGGAGGAAUUGCCGGAGUUGUCCAGUCCGCCGAACAGCCCGUCAACGCUGAUGAAUUUGGCCGUUUGCCGUCUAUUGACAUCAAGAGCCGGGAGAUUGCCGAUAUGCAAGACAUUUAUCGGCGCACUUUAGCAGCGUCAUGGUCUUCUAGAGCCGGCGAUCUGCCUGCUGAUAAGUUCGUUGAAGAAUUGUUUGCUGGAAGUUCUGGCUGGAACAACGAGGCACACAGUGCCGACGCUGACAUCUCAGCGGGUGAUCAUCGUGAUGCUCUAUCGAGUGCAGAGACAGCCCCACGACAAAGCCGCUCCGGGAAGAAGCUGUCAUCCAGUUUCGAACGGCGCCCCAAAAGUACUUCCAGCAAUCGUUCACACAGUAAUAGCAAGACCCCAGACUCUCUUGCCGCGCUUGGACAUCUGAGAAAUGGUGGAAGCAUUGAGCAGCAGUUGUAUGAAGGUGCCAAGGAUCGGGCAUGGAAGGCGCCUGAUACGAAUAACGAGCUUUCAGAGUUCGAUGUGAGAGAAGACUUGCGCAGCUGGGAGAUUGUACCAAAAGAAUGA